AUGCAAGACCUAAAAACGGCGUACGGUCAUGGUGACUUCACAAGAAUUAACGAGGUGAAUUUUCACUGCGUGACUAACAACACUGCUCAUCGCACCAUUGAAAUUACAAGAAAGCAGCUGAUUGUUAGGCGUGGCCAGCCCUUCCUGCUGACCCUGGAAAUGGUGCAGCCUUUCAGUGUCAGGGACACACUCCUGCUCACUGUAGAGACAGGUCCUGCUCCAUCAGAAAGACAUGGAACACGUUCUCAGUUUGGUAACCCAUCUGCCAAAUAUACCAGUGAUGCCAAGGCAAUAUGGAAGUAUGAGAUUGACAGGAGUGCUGUCCUGGAGAGGGGCAUUGUGGCUCUCUCUGUAACCCCACCAACUGACGCUCCUGUGGGGAAAUACUCCCUGUCUGCAAUGACACAUGGUGAAACAAGAAAUCUGGGAACUUUGGUGGUGCUCUUCAACCCCUGGUGCUCUGGCGACUGGGUGUAUCUCCCUGAUGACAGAGAAAGACAAGAAUAUGUGAUGAAUGAAGAGGGAACCGUCUACACAGGAACAUCACACUACAUAGGUUCACAGCCCUGGAUCUUUGGACAGUGUCUCAAGAUAUUGGAUGCCAACCUCAAACACAGAAAAGACCCAGCUGGUGACACAUCUGCUCGUUGUAACCCCGUCUAUGUUAGCCGUGUGAUCAGUGCCAUGGUCAAUUUCAAUGAUGAUGGAGGUGUACUAGUGGGACGCUGGGAUGGAAACUAUAAUGAUGGAUGCAGCCCCACCUGCUGGACUAGUAGUGUUAGCAUCCUUCAGCGCUGGUUUCAAAACCGCUGCUAUCCUGUCAAGUACGGACAGUGCUGGGUGUUCGCUGCUGUAAUGUGUACAGUGAUGCGAUUCUUUGGUAUUCCAUGCCGUGUCGUCACCAACUUUCAAUCUGCUCAUGACUCAAACAAUAGCCUCACUAUUGAUGAAUAUUAUGAUGACUAUGGAGUCCGUAGCAAGGAGGCCUCCGAAAGUGUCUGGAACUUCCAUGUGUGGGUGGAGGGAUGGAUGAAACGACCAGACCUCAUGAAAGGUGGUAUCUAUGAUGGCUGGCAGGUCUUGGAUCCCACUCCACAGGAAAAAAGUGAAGGUAUGUUCUGCUGUGGUCCAGCCCCAGUCAACGCUAUCCUACGUGGUGACACAGACAUCAAGUAUGAUGUACCAUUUGUCUACGCUGAGGUCAACGCUGACAUUGUCAAAUGGAUGAUCAGUACUAACGGUUCAAAGAAGAAAAUGUACACUGACUCCAUGUCAGUGGGUCAGAGCAUCUCUACCAAGGCUGUUGACUCCUGGAAAAGGGUUGAUAUCACUGACAGCUACAAGCACAGGGAAGGCAGCGCAGAGGAGAGAGCCAUCUUCAAACGUGCAGUCAGAAUGAACUCAAAAGAAGGUCAAGGUGACAUAGAAGAGGCACCCCAGUAUGUUGAGAUGAAAAUCAAAGAGUUGGCUCACAUCCUGAGUGUGUAUUCUGAGUUCCAGGGAGGAGGAAAGACGGGUGAGAGGUGUGAUGGUGGUCGUUGA